CAAUGGGCGCGGCCGAGGCGAGUGCGCGGAUUGUAUAUACGUCGCCUGUGGGAAGGCGGGAGGCUGGUUAGGAAGCGGCGCUCACCGGUGCGGAAGGAGGCGGGCCGGGAAGAGCGUCUCUGUGGCCCUGGCGGGGCGUGAGCGGUGGUGAGGGGCAACGGACGGGACGUCGUGCCAGGUAUAGCCAGCCUGCGGCCUACAGCCCGGCUGGGAAGCAGCUCACGUGACCCGCUUAGUGGACCGUUGGCCAUUUCCCGGUGCCUGCUGGGAAGUCUCGCGAAGGGUUCUGGGUAAGCUGGGCAUCGGCCUGGUUCUCCUCUGAGGCGGUUCUUGACCGAGAUAGAAUUACCUCUCCAAAGACGCCAUGGCACAGCGUAUGCGCAACAGCAGAGCCUGGCACUAUGUCCUCAGUGGGGUCCGCCGUGACACAGACUCGCGGGCGGUAGUUUUGGCCUCGGGUCCCCAUGGCUGGUCAUACGACUCUGAUGGGCAGCACAGUGACACUGAUUCAGAACCAGAAUUUCCUUCUCUGUUGCCUUCCAUACCCACAGCAAUCCCGGUGACGGGAGAGUCCUACUGCAACUGUGAGAAUCAGAAUGAAACUCCAUACUGGUCUAGCCUCCAUGCCGUCCACCGGAUCAAAGACUGCCAAUGUGGAGAGGAAGAUGAAUAUUUUGAGUGGGUUUGGGAUGACCUGAACAAAUCAACUGCGACACUGUUGACCUGUGAGAACCGCAAGGUGAAUUUCCACAUGGACUACAGCUGUGGCACCGCCGCCAUCCGGGGGAACAAGGAGUUGGCAGAGGGACAGCACUUUUGGGAAAUCAAGAUGACCUCACCGGUCUAUGGCACCGACAUGAUGGUGGGAAUUGGAACCACCGAUGUGAAUCUGGACAAGUAUCGUCACACGUUUUGUAGCCUGCUGGGCAGAGAUGAAGACAGCUGGGGCCUCUCGUAUACAGGGCUCCUCCAUCACAAGGGAGACAGAACCAACUUCUCGACGAGGUUUGGCCAAGGCUCCAUUAUUGGGGUGCACCUGGACACGUGGCAUGGGACGUUGACCUUCUACAAAAACAGGAAAUGCAUAGGCGUUGCCGCCACCCAGCUGCAGAACAAGCGAUUCUACCCGAUGGUGUGUUCGACGGCCGCCAAGAGCAGCAUGAAAGUGAUCCGCUCCUGUGCCACCCACACCUCCCUGCAGUACCUCUGCUGCUCCCGCCUCCGCCAGCUGCUCCCCGACUACGUCGACACGCUGGAGGCGCUUCCCCUUCCCCCAGGACUCAAGCAAAUUCUGCACAACAAACUAGGCUGGGUGCUAAACAUGAGCUGCGGCUCCCUCCAGCCGCCGUCUUCGACCUCCUCAGGAAGCGAUUCAGACAGCUCCGACGCCGAGGCGUGCCAGCGGAAGAGAUGCAGGAGGACAUAACUUUUCUUUUCUUAAAAAAAGAGAAAGGAACAAAAGACAGCGCCUUGAAGGAUGAGGUUUUCCCACUUGAGUCUCUAUAAGGGUGGCUCAAGCCGGCAUCGGUCGUGAGGACGGCAUUUCUUUCGAACAACUUUUUUGGGGGUGUGCGUGUCCUCCGCUGAAGUCUGGGAACGUACAAGCUUUGCUUCCUUUGGACAAGAGCUACGUUCAGGAGGCCGCUUGCCCCUCACUCGACAGCAGCGGUUUGACAACAUUUCUGGAAGAGGCGGUUUGAAACUUCGGAAGCUUUCACCAGCUGAACUGGACAGUGAGCAUUUCCCCCAGGAAGCAAAUGAACGGUUCCACCUUAUAAUUGGAAAACGCACCCUGUGUGCUGUGUUGGUUUGUAAUUUUGUGAUGGUGCCUCGGAUAUCUUGAGGCACAGGGACAGCAGUCUUCAUAGAGACCAAAGGGCUCUUACAUCUGUGGCUGCCCCCCAACGCAUUGGCACUGACAGCUCUGGGGGAAAGGAGUAUUAACUUGCGAAGUCGGUAACCGGUCUCAUGUGAGCCUUGCAACUCCUUUAAUUGCUUUGCAUGUCUAACUGCUGCUUCUCCUGUAUUGAGCUAUAUGAAAAGGUAAUUAAAACACAAACUCGCAUUGAUUAUGG